AUGUCGAUAUUCAGCGAGGAUACCCAGGAAGUGGCGCGGUAUAGCGACAACCCGCAGUUUGAGGAAUGGGGCACAGACAUAGUGAGCAACCUGUUCGAGAUGAACGGGCAGCUGGGCACGUUCCAGCACUUUAUCAAGGGGCUGGAGUCGAACUAUAGGAAUGGGAAGGCCAAUACGAUGGUGGUGGAGAAUAUCAGCAACCGGUCGAUGGAAGUUAUACAUAAGGUGUCUUUGCUGGUGAAGACCCUUAAUGGGCUUGUGCAUAGCAUCAAUGCCAUACCAAAGAACGAGUUGGACAGGACCCAGCUCACGACCCGAGAAAAGCUGAACCGGGACAUUCGGCUGUCAGUGCAGGAGUUCCAGAGGUGCCAGUCGGAGUUUGCGGGCAUCAGGAAGCAGAUCAAUGAACAGGCCAAGAUUUCGCUGAGCGAGCAACAGGAGGAAGCGGCUGGCGCAGCGGCACUGGAAGAGGAGGCGGCGCAGCAGCAGCACCACAUUGUGAUCGAGCGCGAGCCCAUCAACAACGAGGAGUUUGCCUACCAGCAGGAGCUGAUACGAAAGCGGGACGAGGAGAUAGCCAACAUCGAGCGUGGUAUCGUUGAACUCAACGAGGUCUUCCAAGACUUGGGGUCCAUCGUGCAGCAGCAGAGCGAGCUGGUAGACCACAUAGAAAACAACAUAUACACUGCGGUAACCAGCACGAACCAUGCAUCUAACGAACUGUCGCGCGCACUGAGAUACCAGCGGCGUUCCAACAGGUGGUGCCUAUAUCUGCUUCUCGCUCUGCUGGCAUUGCUCUUCCUGAUCGGGGUGACAGUGCUUUAG